GAUGUUGCGGAAGCUUUGUGUGGUUUGGAUUGUGUUGGCCGUUUCAAACUCGGCGUUGCAGAUAGGAGCCAUGGGAGUGAAUUGGGGAACUUCUGCUUCCCACCCUCUUCCACCUACCAAUGUGGUGGAGCUACUGAAGUCCAAUGAGAUCACUAAAGUGAAACUCUUUGAUGCAGACCCGCUCGUUCUUGGGGCCCUGUCGGGUUCUCGAAUCGAUGUCACAGUUGGCAUUCCAAAUUCGAUGCUGAGAAACUUGAGUUCAUCGAAGAAGGUCGCGAAUAGUUGGGUGCACGAUAAUGUCACUCGCUAUUUUUCUAAUGGUGGAGUUCAAAUCGAGUACAUUGCAGUUGGAGAUGAGCCAUUCCUCCAAAGCUAUGGGGAAGAAUUCAAACCCUUUGUCAUUGGGGCAGUGACAAACAUCCAAAUAGCUCUGAUUGAAGCAAAGCUAUCAGACAAGGUGAAAGUUGUGGUUCCAUGCAGUUCCGAUGCUUACCAGUCAGAAUCUGGUCUGCCAUCGAAAGGACAUUUCAGGCCUGACCUCAACAAAACCAUGAUUCAGCUCCUGACAUUUCUAAGCAAGCAUCAUUCCCCUUUCUUCGUGAACAUCCAGCCUCUCUUGAGCCUCCACCAAAACAGGAAAAUAUCCCUUGAUUUUGCACUAUUUAAAGCAACUGCACAUCCUCUUAAUGAUGGUCAUAAAAUGUACAAGAACAGCUUUGAUGUUAGCUUUGAUACUCUUGUUGCAGCAUUAUCUCAGUUUGGAUUUCCUGACAUGGAUAUUGUCAUUGGGGAGAUUGGAUGGCCCACAGAUGGAGCCAUGAAUGCCUCCUCCGCCAUUGCUCAGACCUUCAUGAAAGGCCUUGUGGAUCGUCUUCAAAGCAAAUUUGGGACCCCACUGAGACCCAGAAAGCCUCCAAUGGAGACAUACAUCUUCAACCUUCUAGAUGAAGAUCAAAGAAGCAUAACCAAUGGGAAUUUUGAGAGGCACUGGGGUGUGUUCACUUUUGAUGGUCAGGCAAAAUACCAAAUGGAUUUAGGUCAAGGCUUCCAAAAACUCAUCAAUGCGCACGGUGUUGAAUACCUUCCCACCAAAUGGUGUGUUGUGGACAACAACAAAGAAAUGUCGAAUGUAACUGCCAUUGCGCAAGAUGCAUGUUCUAUUGCUGACUGUACAGCACUGUCACCGGGAGGCUCUUGCUUCAAUAUCAGUUGGCCCGGGAAUGUAUCUUACAUAUUUAACAGCUACUAUCAGCAGCAUGACCAAAAGUUAGGCAGCUGUGAUUUUGGUGGGCUGGGUUUGAUCACAACUGUUGACCCUUCAAUUGGCAAUUGCAGGUUUGCCGUUGAGCUACGUACUUCAGUGUCAACUUCUCUUAGUAGCAGCGUGUUUUGGAGGACAUUUCUCACAACACUAUCUGUUUCAAUGUCUUUGCUUGGACUUACACAGUAG